CACCACUACACUCAAUUCCCCCUCACCCCUACCUAACCCACCCCCAACCAAUCCUCCUCUUUCUUUCCACCAUAAAAAGCAUCUGGAAGCUACUCUGUCUUCUUCAAUCCCAAUACUUUAUUCCAGAAUUAUCCCCACCGCCUUAUCUUAUUUACUAAUCAACCUCCCUUAAACCCCACCUCUGUUUCUGAAAUUAUAUAUAAACCCUUCUCCAAUUCCUAUUCGGAAAUCUCUUUUUUCCCUUCUUUUUUUUCCAUUUUUCAUGUGUUGGGUUUGCUGGAAAUUGACGUAUUAGUUCCCGGAGUUUGAGGGGGAAAAAGGUCUUUUCCCCGUGUUUUUGCAGUGUUUACGUAUUGGGUUUGCCGGGAAUUGACAUAUUAGUUGCCGGAGUUUGAGAAAAAAAAGGGUCUUUUCCCCCUGUUUUUGCAGUUUUUACGUAUUGGGUUUGCCGGGAAUAGAUGAGUUAGUGGCUUUUCCAACUUUUUUAGCAUUUUCAGUUGUUGGGUUUGUGGGAAAUUGAAGUGGAGUUUGCCGUAGUGAUGGUGGAAGGCGGAGCAGGACCGGAGUUUCCGGUGGUGUUUUUUGAUGGAGAAAGGGAGAUGAAUAUUGGGAGUAUACGGAUAUAUCCUUUGCUAGAAUUCAAGGCGUUUCAGUUGAUGUUAAGCCAGAGGAUCGGAAUCUCACCAAAUCAGAUUUCAAUUUACUUGUGUGAUCGGAAAAGCUCGAAGUUUGAAGAUCGACGGAGGAUUCCCAUCACCGGUAAAGCUAAUUUCAGUUUAAUUGCUCGUGAGAAGGAUUGUUUCUUUCUCGUAGUUCUAAAACGGUCACGAAAAUCACGGAACCGGAAGAUAGCCAAGGCAGAUAACGUCGAGUUUCCGGUUUCAACUCCACCGGAUAAUCUGAUUCUCCUCCGACGAACCCACCCGGACCCGAACCCGAACCCAAUAUUGCCGUUUUUCGAUCAAAUUUCACAGACUGAAUUGGAAAAUUUGAACGAAAAGUUGCAGAGUUUGAAGAUUCAGAGAGACAAUUACAAUUACUCCAUGGGUAUAUCCCAGCUGAUUUCAAAUCCUAUGCAUCUGAAUAACCCGUACCCGGAUCCGAACGCGAACCCGGAUCCGUUUCCGAGGAUCCGAGAUACUUUUCCGAUGAAGACGAAAGCUAAGUGCGAGGAAUGCAAGGGCAAUAAUGGAAAUGAAAGAAUUCCCAGUUUUCAUCACUGCAAAAAUGAUCCGGUGAUUGUUGGUGGUUACCGGAGCCUGUUUGGUCCGGUUCGCCGGCCGGUUAAUUUUGAUGAACCCGGUUUUUUUAGUUAAGUGUCGGUUUAAUUGUACAAAGUUUUGGGAGCAGAAGAGAAGGAAUCUGCUGCAUGUGGUAUAUGGACUAUGGUAGGAAAAUGUACCAUUUUGGUUUAUAAUUAGCCUUAUAUUAAGGCAAAGAUUAAUUAGUAAGAAAGUUGAGAGUAUUAGGAAAAUGAAUAUGAAUGGUUUAUUAAGACUUUUGGAGUGGUCAACAAUUACCUUGCCACAAUUAAGUUCUUUUUACAAAAUAGUUUUUUUUUAGGAUUGUUUCCUAUAUUGGUUUUUUGGGGACUUUUUGGUUGGAGUUGGAGUUUGAAGAAUUGUAAAUGGAGAUUUUUCCAUUAAA